AAUAAAAAGCGAUAAAGAUGAGUAAAGAUUUAGUUUAUACGUACAUAAAACAACGUCAUGAAUUCGGCAAACAACCUUUGUUCAGUGAAGUACCGGUUGCCCUGCUCGACUCCAUCGACCCUGACAAGACAGAACAAAAACGGUAUGGUCUACGGAACCCGGUACAUCAGGCCACGCAGACUGGAAUAGAAUUUGCAGAACACGAAGUGAACACAGCGCGUAUAGUCGCCCGUGAACAAGGCAUCUGCCACGCCGAAGGAGGAUGGCCAAAGGAGAUCAGUUAUGAUGACGAGGAAACAACCGCUCGACACAGAAGAAAAUACGAACGCGACGAUGCAUAUAUCGACGCCGUUCUGCGUACGUACCCUCGACUCAAUCAUUACGCCGACCAGAAUAAUGCAAUCGAAAUGUACAAUGUGUAUUUCAAAGAUAUGCCAUCUUUGGAACCGAUAGAGAAAUCGUCCGUUCGCGUCACGAAUGUUUUCAAGGAUCCCGAUGAGCGUCCCGUUAGUUCUAUCGCUUGGACCUCCGAGGAAGAUCCGAAGCUAGUAGCAUCGUACUGCGAUAAAACUUAUCCAAUACUCAAACCAUUGAACGAACAUCGUUUGUGCUACGUAUGGGAUGUGGAAAAUCCGAUCGAGCCGUCUGAUGACUUUUUGCCCCCAUCGGCUUGCUGGCAAGUGGCCUGCUUUCCUGGAAGUCCUCGCAGUAUAAUCGGUGGUCUCGAAGAUGGGAGAGUCUGCCUCUUUGACCUACGCGCUAAAAGCGAGUACAGCAGUAUAAGUCCAAUGCACUUGGCGCAUAGAGACCCAGUGAGCGCCCUCGUAUUUAUUGCGUCGCGUACUAACACGGAAUUUUUCAGUGGAUCGCACGACGGCAAAUGUAUGUGGUGGGACAUUAGGAAUCUCGACCAACCCACUGAUACUCUGAUCAUGUCCGUUAACGUCCCAGCGGGAGAGCCCGUGAGUCUCGCUAAUUCUGAAGGCGUAAGCUGCUUGCAAUACGAAAGAUCAUUUCCGACGAAGUUCUUAUGUGGCACGGUCACCGGAAUGGUCAUAAACGUGAACAGAAGAGGCAAGAGCCAUACUGAGAUUAUGAGCGCGGUAUUCCAAGCACAUAAUGGGCCAGUAAAGGCGGUGCAUCGUAGCCCAUGUACCUCCAAAGUGUUCAUCACCUGUGGAGACUGGGCAACUCAUAUUUGGAGUGAUGAUGUGCGUGGUUCUCCCAUCGUGUCGGGAACUGGACAACGGAGACAGAUUACGGACGUCGUGUGGGCACCGCACCGAGUCUCCGGGUACAUGACAGUGGGCGCUGAUGGUAAAUUCCGUUACUGGGAUCUCUUGCGGAAGUAUCGCGAACCGACCUAUACACUGCCCAUUUCGAAGCAUCCCCUGCUUAAAGUAGUGCCCAACGAGGAAGGAAAACUUAUAGCAAUAGGCGAUGUUGAAGGUGCUGUUUAUCUUCUAUCCCUCUCCCAGAAUUUGGUAACGUCUGGAGAUAAGGACAAGCAGCUGAUGCUGCAGUGUUUUGAGCGCGAGGGACGUCGGGAGCAUAUUCUAGAAGCUAGGAUUAAGGAGAUCAAGUUGGCGAAGCUGAAAUCUACAAGUAAACUAGCAAUACAAUCUUCGACCGUAUUGGUGGAUGAUCCAGUUCAGUUGAAGACGACAGAGGACGAGUACAGGAAAAUUGUGGCAGAAGAGUUCAGGCGCGCAGGCGUUACUCACGAGCGGCCUGCUCCACAGGCUAUAAGAAGAAAAUAGAAUUCCUCUCAGCCUACCUAGCAUACG